AUGGUAUUUGAGAGAUGGCGAAUGCAGAGCAAGAAUACACAGGAUGUCUUGGAGGUUCUUAAGAAUAGGUUAGAAAGCGCCAGCUAUGAGGAGGAUAGAAUAGAAACGCUGCAGAAACUCUAUAGCUACUCAAUUAGCAAUCCCAAUGACGUUCUGGAUCUAUGCUUCGAUGCGAUUGUUAAAUCCAUAGAGAUGACAGAUAUCAAGUCCCAGCAGGCUAUGAUUUUGCACGCACUUUACACCAGCUCGUACAGCGAGCUCAUGCUAGAGAAGUUUGUUUCCAAAAAUGAGUAUUCACAGGUGGUUUUGAGAUGUGAUGUGCAUUUUAUUUCUAGAAUCAUCAGAACAAUUAACUCAAACACGUUAUAUUCAUUUCUAUCAGAGGAGAACUCAAUCACAACAGUUCUUAUGAGUUUCAUAAAAAAUGGAUACUUCAAAGAGUUUUGCAGUUUUGUUGGCAAAAAUACAACUUUAAAAGAAACACUUGUUUUUGAGGGGGCUUUUGAGGAGCUAAUGAAAAUCUAUACAUUUGAAAAGCGUAUAAUGGCAAGGGAGGAAAGAAUCCAUAGCUCGAGGAUGUGUUUAGUAUCUCUGUUAGAUGGAUCGGCCAAGAAUCAGCAGUAUUUCUUCGAUUCUGAUCUUGUUCAAAGCAUCACUAAAGAGCCUAUUGCUGAUGAUAUUGAAAUGCUUCAGAUGCUACUGAAUCCUGAAUUAAAAAACUAUGCAAUUUGCCAAAAAGGACUCAUGCAGUGUGGCGUUUUGGAAACAGCCAUGCAGCUUAAGGCUUAUGGCAUUAUUUAUAGCCUUAUCGAUUCAAAUGAAGAAAAUUUCAAGACUUUUAUUGAAAACCACUUGUGUUUAGAAUCUUUAAUAGAAGAGUGCGAUAACUCAGUAGAAGCAUUUAAGAUAGUUGAACUUCUUGCACGAUACACAUACUUUCCGAUUGCUCAUGAUCACUCAUUUAGGAUUAAUACUCUCCUGUGCAUUCUUGGAUGUUCAUUUGCAGAUCUCAACUAUCUGAUAGUUGAUGCUGUCCAAAAAGAUAAACUUAAUAUGGAUCAUCUGAUUUACUUAUUAUUUACACAAAGCACGAUCAGCAGCAUCAGGCAAUACCUUAACUACGCAGAGUAUGAAGAACCGUUGGGCUCAAUGUGCAUUUUGAUCUAUCUUUCAUUUAGUAUCCAGCUAGAUCUUUCUCCACACCAACUCAUUGCAAAACUAAAAUAUCUAAGGUUAUACUUUCUAAACAACAAAGUUACACUAGAUUCUAUCAACGAAUCAGUAACAUCUACUAUUGACCAGUAUAUUCAACAGUUUGGCUGUACUUUUGAAAGAAAGGAGUAUUCGCUACCGUCAAAGAAAGAUGCAGAGCAAAACACUAGUGCGCCUACUAUAAAUUCAGUAACAGAGUCAAAAAGUGUUAUUGUUGAGGGCGUUAACAAUAGAAUCAAGAGUUUGUUUAGUAAAUUUACAAAGAAAGACCAAGAAAAGCAAAACUAUGAUUUAUAA